AUGAAUACAUUGAAAAAAGUGAUACGAAGAACAUCAUCCAACAAAAAAUUUUAUUCACCUACUACUGAUCAUUCAACAAUAUCUAGUAUACCUCCACUAUUGUUAUUUUCUCAUGAUUUGUCACCUAUGGAAAGACCUUUAUUUGAAAUGUACUGGCAAGAGUUGGAUCCUUUUGAUAUUGGAAAAGUAAGUUUAUAUUGUAUUCUUUCUUUUCUUACAAACUGCAAAAUAUCAGAACAACAACAGAUCGUUAGGUUAUUUGAUAAGACAAAGGAAUGGAAUCAAGCACAAGUUUAUGCUAUGUUACGAUUAGUAUCUCAUAUCAAACAUGGAAGAAAACUGAAUGCUGAUUUGAUUUAUUUACCAGGUAAAAAA